AUGCGCCUCCUGCUUCUAUAUCCCCUCAUGUGCCUGAUCCUCAAUGCAAAUGCCUGGAACUUCACCUGGCACGACGGAGCCACCGUGACAACCCAAGCCGGCAAUGGAACCAUCCCAUGUACGCGCAUCUAUCAGACCAAGGGCCAGCCGUUCGAGUACUACCCCAACGGCGAUGCCAUGGUCCUCCGGUUAUGGGGGAACACCGACUGUUCCGGUGAGGGGGUCGGAAGUAGUAAUGCACCAUUUCCGUGGAAAAAUACCGCGCGCACGGAAAUGAGGUCUUACAUGAUUCUCCCGGCUAGCUACCGGGGAGAUAUAUCUGGCAGUGACACCCCGUCUGCGUCGCGGCCGGCUGGCUCUGGAGCUGCCUCGACUGGGGGUCCAAGGGCCCCCGACGGACAGAGGCUGUCGGGGGGCGCGAUUGCGGGGAUUGCGGUGGGAGUGGUUUCGGGGAUAGCAUUCUUGGGCGUUGGGGGCUUCUUCUUGGGGAGGCGGUUUGCGGUCAGGUCUUCCCCUUCGCCUUCUGCGGCUUCUGACCCCCCCGGGGCUCCGACGGCGGCCCCGGGGUUCAAUGGCGAGAGGGCGCUAGGAAGAGAAAAUUUGGAGGGGGUAUUUGGGGCCGUGAAGGAGCAUAAUGCUGUUGAGGCUGGGGGAAGGGAAUAUCACCCGCCUGGAGAGCUGGGUCAGCAGACUGUGGUGGAGAUGAGUGAUAGCCACCGGCUGAGGGAACUGGAAGGCUCUGGGAUCUCCGUUCCUGUUCCUAUUCCUAAUUCUCAGGGGUUAUGA